GGAUUUUCCUAUCGUUCCAAUCCCUUCUGAAUCCAAAUCUGUAACUAGCAAAGCAGGAACUGCUGGUGCAGGGAACAUGGGCAUUUAUUGGUUGGUCAGCGUGUGAUUCAGGUGUCCCGUUUUAUAUGCAUCAAGAAUUCGGAACACCUUAUCAACUCCUUGCUCAACCAUCCGCUCAUGUAGGAACACUUACGGAAUUUUGCUAUCGUCCCAGACCCACUUGAACUGGAACUUGAAUGCUAUGUUUCUAGUCUUCUGUUUCACCAUGUCUUCUGGUAUCUACUGUGACGAACUGAGUAGUUCAGUUCAGUCCAUUGACUUACAUGAUUGCUCAGCUCUAAAGCAGAAGAACAGCACCAGCGCUUCCCUAUCUUUGGGCGAUUCGGAAGAAACAUCAAUUGCUAAGACUAUCCAUGCAGAGGGCAAACCGAUACUACCACCUGGGUACAUACUAUCACACUGCCUUGCCGAAGGUGGCAUGGGUCGCGUCUUUCUGGUUGUCAAUCCGGAAACAAAAGACUGUUUGGCUGCCAAGGUCGUUAACAUUCGCAACAGGGGCACCAAUGCAUCGUCUGCCACCGACUCCGAUACUCGUACGACCAAAAUUCGCGCGGAACUUCGCCAAGAGGCGGAACUUCAGCGUCGUCUGAAGCAUCAUAAUAUUGCGACUGUCUAUGGGGUUCGGAACACUCCGUCCUUCAUAUUCAUGUUUAUGGAAUUGCUCCCUGGUGGUGAACUGUUCGAUCGCAUUCCAAUCGGUAUUGGGCUGCACGUACAACAGAUGUUCAUCUAUUAUUCCCAAAUCUUAGACGCAUUGCAUUAUCUACACACUGAACAAUUCAUCGCACAUUUGGACGUGAAACCUGAAAACAUCAUGCUAACGAAGAAGGAUCGAGCCAAACUGAUCGAUUUCGGGUGGGCUGUUGAUAUGCGCAAAUCAAGCCUUUUACGGGGCCCCGUUGGCACUACCAGUUAUGCUGCUCCAGAAGUGUUUGGCACGAGCUCGUACACGGGACCGCCAGCGGACCUGUUCUCCUUGGGUGUCACGCUCCUCACUGCUGUCACUGGUCAGCGCUGCUGGUCGCGCGCUAAUCCUAUUACUGAUCCUGUUUACAAGCAAUGGGUUGCUAGAAAAAACCUUCACUCUGGCCCGUUGUUCUCUCGGUUACCUCCGGAUUUGAUGAAUUUCCUUACUCGUGCUUUGGCACACCCACCCGCAGAGCGUUUGUCUGUAGAAGCCAUACGAGCACAUCCUUGGUAUCAGCGUGGCAUAUUACGACGACUCACGCCGGUCGCCCCACCGCCUCGCGUUGCUGUGAGCUCGGUCUCUACCAGUGAGGAUUCAAUGAACUCUGCGACGUCCAUUCACACUUACUCACCCGGUUUUCAGUCAGAUGCACCAGUUCCAUCGUCGCAACCCGUCAUUUCUUGUCUGCCACAAAAUGGCCCCACGGCCAAUGACCUCCGAUUAUCACAGCCCUCAGAUAUUGCUAGCAUGCUCCUGGCCAGCCAAGCUGUGUACAGCACUGAUGCGAAUCCAGAGGACGUCCGAUUGGGAUUCUCUUGCUUGAUGAGGCGCAUGACGCGUUUCUUUUCCGCCUUAUCCUCCUUAGACCACACAAUGGAGGUCAUCCGUGCGGUGAUUGUGCAGCGUAGACAGCUUCGGCCUAUGAUCAGAAGUUCAUCCAACAUGUUGGUUCAAAUUUUGAAUCCGGACCAUCCGGGCACGGCGUUUCGUGUACUUCUAUAUCCUCUCGCCGGUUCUAUCUUGGUAGAUUGUCGACGGGUUUCUGGUGACGGGUUGCUAUUCCAUCAGACCUAUGCUGCAUUCUAUAUGGAUCUCGUUGCAAUGGGCGCAGUCAACGAUUCACAUCCGUACUUAGGUAUGAUCUUACCCGAACGCGAGACCGAUUCUCAUUCCACCAACGGAAAUGCCCACAAUGACCUUUAUUCAGGAGGCCAAACAACAACGACCUCCGUGGAAAACUGAUCUGUUACUCGUUACCGACUUGUAACGCAACGCUGUCCUUCAACUUAUUUGCUUUGUCUAUUUGAUAUGCAACCAGAGCACAGUAGCAUUGUCUUUAUGCGAACUAUUUUUGUAUGACUACCAAAGAUAAUAGAUUCUUUUCCCUCUCCGCUUUAUGGCGAA